UGUCCUUGUCCCAUGCUUCCAUCAGGGUUCUAGACGAGAGAAAGAGAAGGACAGAAAAAGGGAGGAGAUGGAGCAAGAGGGGAGGGAGAUGUCCUUGUGCAAGGAUCCUGAUUUUUUUUUUUUUUUUUUUGGGAAAACUCACACAGUCAGAAGCUUCCAUAAGGCUUUCAGGACAACACACAGGCAGCUUCUAUUUCUUUCACAACUGUAGUUGUCUUUUUUAUUUUGCAUACCUGUAGCUUGAAGUGUUGAUGUCAGGGCAUCACAGACAGGAAGUAACACCAGCAGUUUUUAGAAGAAGUAUGUCACUCUCUCUGCGCUUUGUUUUCCUGCUCCUGACUGCUCUCUGGGGCAGCAGUUGCUUCGCUAAGCCCGCCCCAUUCAACGUAUCAAUGGAGGGUAGUGGGGAUGAACCCGAAAUCAUCUUUCCCAUUGCUCGUACCACCCAUCUCCCUCCAUCCCCCUCGCCUCCUCCCAACAUAACAGCCACUUUCAUCCGCAUCAAAGACUUCCUUUUCAACCAGGUGGUGGACUUCCUGAAGGAGAACUUGCUUCUCAUCAUUGUCGUGACCUCUCUGUUGGUAGUCAUCAUCUUUAUCGUCUGCUGCGCUUCAGCAAUGAGCCACAAACGCAAGCUUGAGGCAUACUAUCCUCCAAAGACCUACGCACCCAGGAAAUACAUGAGCCAACCUAGUAAAGCUGUGGAGAAACCACAAAACCAGAUUCAGGAAGGUAAGACCACGGCUGCAAAGACCCUACGGGAACCCACUAAAGCACUGGUGGGGGAGAAGGAAGGAAAAGACCCCCGUCCCAAGCCAAAAGAGGUCCAAAAGUUGGAGGAUGUUGAAGAGGUGGAGAUGCAGAAAGAUGAGCCCAAGAAGAAAGAGGAGCCUCAGCCUUCCACCUCAAACGUCACCUCCAGUCAGCCUCUGGUCUGUACGUGCCACCUCAGAAAGGCCAAUCACACCACAGCGUGAGAGCUUUUUCUGUAACCGGCAGGAAUGACCUUGAUACCAAACUUUUUCUACUGGUAGAUAUACAUCUUUUGGUAGAAAUGAUGCCAAUCCUCUUACUCUUUGUGUUAUUAUUGCUUUGCAACCUGUGUAUGUGCCACCAGAGGAAGAGUAGAAAUGGUGUUUCUUUACAAAUAAGAUUGCUAAAUAAGAAGCGAGUUGAAAUUUUUAUUAAUGUGGAAAAUAAACAACACUUGAAACUAUUUUGUGAAUCACUUUCUACUUGUGAGAGACUUAAGAAACCCUCUUUUGAAACAUGUUCUGACCACUUUCCUUUCAGUUAUAUUUUACAUAUGUUUAUAUGCAUAGUAACCCGUAAUUUAUGCUGUAUUUUCCAAAGCUGUAAUCAGAUGUUAAACACAAGGACUGUUAUUUUAUCUAAACUUCCUGACUUUCCUCAGUAUUUGAUUUAAUUAGCUAACAUUUUGUUAGGUAUGUUUAGUUGUGAAAAAUAAA